ACGGGGCUGCUGUAUUCAGACGCGUGCGCUCUUUUCGUAAGCUGCCGAUGCAUUGUGGUCAUUCAAAGAGAUCCACUCGGACUGUUGACAAACAGAAGCGCGCACAAGUUGUUCAUUUACGGCGUGUGAGCUGGAUUUGAGGCGCACCGCGCAGAAGGCCGGCUCUUUACACGUUGUGGAUGUUCACAACAACACCCCUGGUAGAAACAGUGGUGCCACCGGCCCACUGUCAAAGCACAGACACUAAUCAUGGUGAGGCUGGAGCUGGAGCAGGUGGUGAUGAGGAGAAUGAAAGAGGACGACAUUGAAGUAGUCAAAGCCCUUGUUAAGGAAGGAUGCGAGGGCACAGAGAACCGUCUCAUCUUGCACAUCCUCACUCGACCGCUCUGCCUUUUUAUCCUGGCUGUUUUCUCCUCGAUCCUGCGCUGCCUCGUCCACUCCUUCAUCUUGGCUCUAGCUAUCCCCGUGUUCCUGCUGAUCGUUUUUCUCAAGAUCACCAUGCCGCGGUCGACGGGGGUCCUGGGCAGCAGCCGCCCCUCCUGGGACUACGUGGGCAGCAGCUACAGAGGCCAACAGGAUGAGAUCCUGCAGAAUCCCUACUGCAGGAUCAGCGGGAAAACACCAGGCGCAAAAAAGCAAAGGCGCCGAAUUGGAGCUAAAGACAAAGAGAAAGAGGCAUCGUCAGAAAAGAUCACCGCAGAGCGAGAGCAAGCUGCAGGCCAGGUGUGGGUGGCAGACUGCGAAGGGGAGAUCGUGGGCUGCAUCUUCCGUGAGAGCGAGACGCGGCCGGGCGUGAGGAGAAUCUGCAGGCUUGUGACGGGCUGCUGGUACCGCAGAGAGGGCUUGGGUCGUCUGCUGGUCCAGAGUCUGGAGCUGAAGGAGAGGGAGACCGGCGCACAGAGAGUGUUCGCGCACGUCCCCUACCCGUCCAAAGUAGGGGAAGCCUUCUUCAGAAAAGUGGGCUAUCGGCAGCUGGGGGAGCUGACUGACGAAGAAGACGACGAUGAGAUAUUUAAAGAGACUCCAGAGAGAGGUUUUAUGGGUUACCCUCUCACCAAGGUGUUUUACAAAGAUUUGUGAUUGAUGGUGGAGUAAAAGUAAUCAAGAAGGGCAAACGUUUGACCCUUGCUGAGCGUGAUCGCUUCACGUGCUUACUUGUCAACGCUCGAAAGAUGCAUUAUUUAUAAAAGCAAUGGAUUGCCGUUUACGAUGCUAUUGUUGAAGUUAAACGGCUUCUCCGUUUUGUUAAAACAAAUGGUUUCUCUUUAUUUAUCCAUGCAAAACAGACAUUACAAAGCCUAAAAAGGUGUUGUACUCUACACAUGUUUGAUCAAGUAAAAUCAUUUCUGUUUUAUAAAGUUGCAUCCGCAUCUCUUUUGUCAAAUAUUUAAAGACAGCAACAUAGUGCAUUUGAGCGACUGAAGCCGUGCGCCCGGCUCUGAAAACGGUACAGAUGUGUAGGUGUUUGUACAGUUACCGUAGAGGAAGUAUGUGUGGUUGGCGGUGAAUGUGCAGAAUUUAUCUGCUUUGAUCUGUCUCGGCUCACCUUCACAUUGUGACUCUGCAGAAACAGCAGCUGCUCUCUUUUGUUUCGUUCAUCCUUGCAGUUUUGACAAUCUUUCCGAGAUUGAUCAGCAGGUUUUUAAAUAUUUAUUAAUGUUAAUGGCAUUCAAGGUUUACUUUCUGGGAUUUGUGUUCAUGGUAAAAUCGGUGCAGUCUCAGUUCUUUGUCCCUAUUACCGAAGCUGUUUUGUUGCAUCAUUUGUAACCCCUGAAUGCAAUAAUUGUUCACUACUUUACAAAAGUAUUCACAUCCCUUGAACCUUUCCACAUUUUGUCACAUUAAAAGCACAAUGUUCAAUAUAU